CCGAGCUAUCGUCACCCAGUUGCCUACAGUAAUCAACAGCUUCCACCACCAAGCUUCUCAAUAGCGCAACGUCUCCGAAUCGCACCCAUAGUCCUGUCGCCAGGAAGCCUUCAGAUAUCUGAACCUUGGACAAUACCGUUCAACCCCACCUAGGUUGACUUCAUCCCCGCAAGUCGCGCCUCCAACAUGUUUCGCAACAACUACGACAACGAUUCGGUGACCUUCUCACCGCAAGGCCGUAUAUUCCAAGUCGAAUAUGCACAAGAAGCCGUGAAGCAGGGUUCUGUCGUCGUCGGUAUCGUCUCCAAGACACAUGCUGUGCUUGCAGCAAUCAAGCGUAACGCAGAAGAGCUGUCAUCAUACCAGAAGAAGGUCAUCCCAAUCGACUCGCACUUCGGUGUCGCCCUCGCCGGUCUCGCCUCCGAUGCCCGCGUCCUCUCCAACUUCAUGAAGCAGCAAUCGCUCGCCUCCCGCCUGACUUACGACCGCGCUAUUCCCCUGUCCGAGAUCGUAUCACGCAUUGCAGACCGUGCACAGACAAACACACAGCAGUACGGCAAGAGACCAUACGGUGUUGGCCUGCUCAUUGCAGGUGUCGACGCAAAGGGUCCUCAUCUCUUCGAGUUCCAGCCCAGCGGUGUCACACAGGAGAUGGUUGCUUGCGGAAUCGGCGCCAGGAGUCAGAUGGCGAGGACGUACCUGGAGAGACACCUCGACGAGUUCGACAGUGCUAGCAGGGAGGACCUGAUCAAGCACGCGCUGAGGGCACUCAAGGAGUCGCUGUCCCAGGACAAGGAACUCACAGUUGACAACACCAGCGUUGGUAUUGGAGGUGUUGGCGAGAACUUCGCGCUGUACGAGGGUCAGGAUAUUGCAGAGUGGCUGUCAACCACAUUCGAGAAUGCGGAAGGUGGCAACGAGGAGGGUGGUGAGGCUAUGGAGACCGAUUCGUAGGACAAGGACGCGUACGAGGCUCGCCUAGAUGAACUGCAGGCUAGAGGGCGUCUUGACUUCAGUAGUAUC